AUGGAGAAUCAAUCAAACGCAAAGACGCCCACUGACUUUUUGAGCACUGUAUUGGGUCAAACUGUCAAGGUCAGAUUAAACUCUGGCAUUGAUUAUAAAGGAACCUUGGCUUGUUUGGAUGGUUACAUGAACAUUGCAUUGGAAAACACAGAAGAAUACGUUGAAGGAAGAUUGAAGAACACUUAUGGCGAUACCUUUAUCAGAGGAAAUAACGUGUUGUAUAUUUGUGCCGAUAAAUAA